AUGGACAAGAUUAUCGACGGACUGUUUGUGGGCAGCGCCAUGGCAGAGAGUGACCGCGCAAAGCUGCAGGAGCACGGCAUCACACAUAUCCUGACAGUCGCGUCCAACUACACGCCCUCGUACCCGAACCAGUUCGCAUAUAAGAGCAUUUCCAUCGAAGACAUGGAGCAGGAAAACAUUAUCCAGUACUUCCCGAGGGGACAGAUUCUGGUGCACUGCCUGGCGGGGCAGUCGCGCAGCGCUACGGUGGCGCUGGCGUACAUCAUGCAGAAAGACGAUGUGGGGCGGGAUGAAGCGCUAGAGGCGAUGAAGGCCAGGCGGCCGCAGGUGCAUCCGAAUCCAGGCUUCAUGGACCAGCUGGAGCUGUACCACGAUCUGCGGUACGAGGUGACACCGUCAAAGCCGCUGUAUCGGCGGUUCUUGAUCAACCACAGUGCCGAGCACUUUAGGGAGUACGGGUCUGUUGAGCACGUAGAGCUGGGGGCUGAUCCGCUGGCGCAGCCGAUGCCGGCGCAGCGGCAGUGGCGGUGCAAAAAGUGUCGUCGGCCGUUGGUGACCGAGGCAAAUGUGCUGGAGCACCAGCCGGGUCCUGGGCAGGUUGCGUUUUCGUGGAACAAGCGCAAUGCGAGUGGGAUGGAUACGCCGCAUGCGUUCCCGCAGAACCGCGCGUGCUCGUCGCUGUUUAUCGAGCCGAUGGCGUGGAUGGAGGGUGUAGACACCGGACUGGUGGAGAACAAGGUGUGCUGUCCAAAGUGCGACGCAAAGCUGGGCGCGUUCAACUGGGCGGGUGCGCAGUGCUCGUGCGGCAAAUGGGUGACACCGUCAUUCCAGAUCCACCGCAAUCGUGUCGACGAGGUACGCCAGAAUCCGCUGCUGCCGCGCAGGCUCCACUAG